AUGGAGAAUAGUAAAAUAUUUUUAAUAACAUCUGUUACUAUUGGAGGUAUUAUUGGUAUGAUAUAUUGGUUUUCACAUACAAAAAAAGAUACUGAUAAAGAAAUUAUAGAAAUGGAUGAGGUAGUUGUUGACUAUAAAAAACAGGAUGAUUUGGAAAAUAAUAUAAAGUCAGCAAACAAUGAGUCUGAUAUAAAAUCAAUAACUUCAUAUGAAGAAAUUCUUUCAAUAGAAUCAAGUGAACAUUCAUUUCCAAUAACUCCAACAAACAGUCCAACAAACAAAGAAUCAAUUAAAAAAUCUAAAAUUCCUGUUUUCCUAAAUAGUCCUAGUCAAAUAAAUACAGAAAAUAUUUCUCUUCCAACACAAUCUCCUACAAAUUCAUUGGGAAAAGGAACAAAAUUAUUGGAACCAAAAAUAUCAAGAAAACAUCAAAAUUAA